UGGCCUAUGCCUUUUUUGACUCAAAUGAUCUGUAUUAGGUCAACAACCACCUCCAGAGGGGACACCACUACUUGUUAAAUACCUGCAAUUCUUUUGUUUGUCUUUUGUUUCUGGAACCCUGGGAUGGGAGGUGAAGCAUACUCAGAAACUUAAAGAAAUCAAGUUCCUUUCUUUUUCUAACCUCUUAAAACGACCACGAUUUGCACGACUAUGAACCUCCACACACAAUAUAAAGGAUGGAUUUUCAGUGAAAUAUAAACACAUGUAUUAUACCUGUUGAGGUUUUUAUACAAACAGCAGCACUUAGCUCUAAUUUAUCUGUCUAUCUUCGUCUAGACUCGAACGUCAGAAGCAGGAACAGCAAGAGAAAGAACGUCUGGAGCGAGAACGCCAGGCCACUGUAUCAGCACCUCCUGCCCCUCCUGCCCCACCAGCUACUUCACCUGCCCCACCAGCACCCCCACCACCUCCAGGUCCACCCCCACCUCCUUCUGGGGGAUGCCCACCUGCACCUCCACCACCUCCAUCUGGAGGUAUGGUUCCACCUGCACCUCCACCCCCACCGGUUGCAGGAGGCAGUGGAGGAGGUGGAGGUGGCAGUGGAAAUGAUCUGGCUGCAGCUCUAGCAGGAGCCAAAUUGCGCAAAACAGUAAAGGAUGAGGGAGGUUCAGCAGCCCCAGCCCCGAAACCACAGUCCUCAUCUGGUGGAAGUGGAGGAGGUGAUCUAAUGGGAGAAAUGAGUGCCAUCCUUGCAAGAAGGCGAAAAGCUGCUGAUAAGCCAGCUGUAAAAAAGGAAGAAUCUCACAAUGAGGAUUCUGAGUCCUCUGUAUCGAAAUCCUCAGGUGUAGCGGAAAUCAAUCAAUCCAAGGAAAAAUCUGCCACCAUGCCAAGAGCCAAAUCCUUAACCACCAAUCAAAAAGACUCAAGCCCAAGUUCAAACUCUGCCACUACUCCAGUGUCCAGGAUGAAGGUGGUGAAGAAGAACUCAGAUGGUACAGGAAAUGAUAGUGAUAUGGAAAAAUUUAAACAGGAAAUCCUUGAAGAAAUAAAAAAGGAACUCUACAAAGUAAAGGACGAAAUUAUCACAGCUCUGAUGCAGGAGCUACAAAGGUCACAGCUCAAGGAUGAAGACUGAAGAACUGAUCAAAAGGGAAAAAAAUGGAUGCUUAUCUUGCAGUGCUCACAGUGCUUUACUUGGCGAAAUUAUUUUAUUUUACAUUGUUUAAUUUGUUUUCAUGCAAUGGACUUUAAGGUCUGAUCAGUCCUAAGACUAUGAACAUGAACACAUUUUCAAAUAAAAUAUUAUUAUCAUUAUUUUUCCCCGAUGUCUUGCUUAGUUAUGGAAAUCAGAAUUGAAUUCCAAUUAUUUUCUAGGAGUUGUAAAUUUUAGUGUUUCAUGUAAUAUUCAUCAACAGACAUAUGAAUGACAUGCCCAGGCAUUUUUAUCAGUGGCAGGUAACAGUAAUCUGCUCAGACAGGUUGUUGACACUUUUACCAUCAAACAAUUUCAAGUCCUUGCAAAAUUAGUAGUGCACACUACUGGUUUUGUAGCUCCAAGGAUAUACAUUUCAGCACAUGUUAACUUACAUUCUUGAAAAUGGGUUAGAAAUUUGACUUUUUAAUAGAAUAGAAUAGAAUAGAAUAGAAUAGAAUAGAAUAGAAUAGAAAAGAAUAGAACUUUGGGGAGUUCCAUUCCAGGAAAUUCCAGCAGCUGUUGUUGAAUGUCUAAAAUUACACAACAUUGCGCAAGUGAAGUUAUUUACAUGUAUGUACAUUUCAGGGUAUACCAGGAAAAACUCCAUAUGACCCCACGUAGAACUAUGAUACCUUUCAGAUGUGAAAACAUUAUUUUUGAUAUUCUUCCAUUGUCAUCUGAUAAAGUACUCUUUAAAAAAUAAAGCUUAUCUUGUUAAAAAAUAAUAAAAAUUGUG